ACGCUUUAGUAGUUGGGUUGAACCCCGCCGGGUACCAGCGCUGUAAUCCCACAAUGCAGAGCGCAUGGCGCGUCAUUGGAGAGGGACGAUGAUGGCGGCGGUCGGUGCACCAGAAGUGAUCACACAGCUGGAAAGCGCUGCCAAAGUUUUAAUGGCACCGCCGUCCAUGGUCAGCACAGAGCAGAGGCAGCAUGCUGAACACAUAUUCCUCUCCUUCAGGAAAUCCAAAUCCCCUUUUGCUAUCUGCAAGCACAUCUUAGAGACCAGUAAGGUGGACUAUGUGCUGUUCCAAGCAGCCACAGCCAUCAUGGAGGCGGUGGUGCGGGAGUGGAUCCUGCUGGAAAAGACCAGCAUCGAGUCGCUCCGGGCAUUUCUCCUCACCUACGUCUUACAGAGACCAAAUCUCCAGAAGUACGUCCGUGAGCAGAUCCUGUUGGCUGUGGCAGUUAUCGUGAAGAGGGGCUCUCUAGACAAAAGUAUCAACUGUAAAAGCAUCUUUCACGAGGUUGGACAGCUCAUCAGCAGCGGCAACCCCACAGUGCAAACACUGGCCUGCUCCAUCCUGACCGCUCUGCUCAGCGAGUUCUCCAGCUCCAGCAAGACCAGCAGCAUCGGCCUCAGCAUGGAGUUUCAUGGCAGCUGCAAGCGUCUCUUCCAGGAGGAAGGCCUGCGUCAGAUCUUUAUGUUGACCAUGGAGGUCCUGCAGGAGUUCAGUCGCAGAGAAAACCUAAACGCCCAAAUGUCAUCUGUUUUCCAACGCUACUUGACUCUGGCUAACCAGGUCCUCAGCUGGAACUUCCUGCCACCCAAUCUGGGGCGCCACUACAUCGCCAUGUUUGAGGCCACACAGAACGUCACGCUCAAGCCUACGGAGUCCUGGAGGGAAGCGCUACUGGACACCCGUGUCAUGGACCUCUUCUUCGCCGUACACAGGAAGAUCAGAGAAGACUCCGACAUGGCCCAGGACUCCCUGCAGUGCCUGGCCCAGCUGGCCUCCAUGCAUGGGCCCAUCUUUCCCGAUGAGAGCGCCCAGAUCUCCUACCUGGCCCACCUGGUGGAGGGCCUGCUCAGCAUGAUCAACGGGAUUGAGAUCGAGGACUCGGAGGCGGUGGGGAUCUCCAAUAUCAUCUCCAAUCUGAUUACCAUGUUCCCUCGAAGUGUUUUAACGGCACUGCCCAGCGACCUCUUCACCUCUUUCAUCAACUGCCUCACACUGCUCACCUGCUCUUUUGGACGCAGUGCCGCUCUAGAGGAGGUGCUGGAUAAAGAUGACAUGGUUUACAUGGAGGCCUACGACAAGCUGCUGGAGUCGUGGCUGACGCUUGUCCAGGACGAAGAGCAUUUUCCACGCGGCUGCUUUGUUCAGCCUGCAAUCCAGGUCUUCAACUCAUACAUCCAGUGUCACUUGGCUGCUCCUGAAGGCACCCGGAACCUGUCAGUCAAUGGCAUAUCGUCUCAUGAUGAAGAAGAGAUCAACGAGCUGCAGGAAGACGAUAGAGAGCUGUUCUCUGACCAGCUGUCCAGCAUUGGCAUGCUGGGACGUGUGGCUGCCGACCACUGUAUCCCCUUGCUCACAAGCCUGCUGGAGGACCGGGUGACACGACUGCACGGUCAACUCCAGAGGACCCAGCAGCACCUCAUGGCUUCAUCUAACCCUGGAUCAGUGGACCGCAAAGUUCUCGACGACCUCUAUGAGGACAUUCACUGGCUCAUACUGGUCUCAGGGUAUUUACUAGCUGACGACCCUCAGGGCGAAACUCCGUUGAUCCCUUCGGAGGUGAUGGAAUUUUCCAUCAAACACUCGACAGAAGUGGACAUCAACACGACGUUGCAGAUCCUAGGGUCGCCGGGCGAGAAGGCUUCAUCCAUACCAGGCUGCAACCGCACAGACUCAGUCAUUAGGUUGCUGUCAGCGGUGUUGCGGACGUCAGAAGUUGAGUCCCGGGCAACAAGAGCAAGUCUGACAGAACUGCUGAGCCCACAGAUGGGAAAGGACAUCGUGUGGUUCCUCAGACGCUGGGCCAAGACCUACUUGCUGGUGGAUGAGAAGCUCUAUGAGCAGAUCAGCAUCCCCCUGAGCACAGCUUUUGGUGCAGAAACAGAGGGCUCCCAGUGGAUUGUGGGAUACCUCCUAGAGAAGGUGAUCAACAACCUGUCUGUGUGGAGCUCAGAGACCGAGCUGGCAAACGACACAGUGGAGCUGCUGGUGACGCUGGUAGAGAGGAGGGAGAGGGCGAACAUUGUGGUGCAGUGUGAGAGCUGGUGGAACCUGGCGAAGCAGUUCGCCAGCCGCAGCCCACCCCUCCACCUGCUGUCCAGCUCGGUGCAGAGGUCUCUGAUGAAAGCUCUGGUGCUGGGAGGCUUCGCGCACAUGGACUCUGACACCAAACAGCAAUACUGGGCUGAGGUGCUUCACCCUCUCCAGCAGCGUUUCCUCAACCUCAUCAACCAGGAGAACUUUGCUCAGAUCAGCCAGGAGGAAGCUGUCAAACAGGAAAUCGUGGCGACUUUGGAGGCGCUGUGCGGCAUUGCAGAAGCAACACAGAUCGACAAUGUGGCUUCGCUUUUCUCUUUUCUCAUGGACUUCCUGUCCAGCUGUAUUGGCCUCAUGGAGGUGUACAGCAACACACCUGAAACGAUCAACCUCAUAAUCGAGGUUUUUGUGGAAGUGGCUCACAAGCAGAUCUGUUACCUGGGAGAGACUAAGUCCAUGAAACUGUAUGAAGCGUGUCUGACGCUGCUGCAGGUCUACUCAAAAAACAACCAGAGCAGGAAGCGGAGCGACGCCACAGCUGAGGAGGACCAGUACCAGGACCUGCUGCUCAUCAUGGAGCUGCUCACAAACCUGCUCUCCAAAGAAUUCAUCGACUUCAGUGACACUGACGAGGUGUUUAGAAACCAAGACCAGGGAACACCAGCAUCCAGUCGGACAGUAUCAGCAGCAGAUGUGGUUCUUUAUGGCGUCAACAUUGUUCUUCCACUUAUGUCUCAAGACCUGCUCAAGUUCCCCUCUCUGUGUAACCAGUACUACAAGCUCAUCACCUUCAUAUGUGAGAUCUUUCCAGAAAAGAUCCCACAGCUGCCUGAAGACCUCUUCAAAAGCCUCAUGUUCUCCUUGGAGCUGGGAAUGACCUCGAUGAGUUCAGAGAUCAGCCAGCUGUGUUUGGAGGCUUUGUCUCCUCUGGCUGAGCAGUGUGCGAAAAACCAGGAGAAGGACACGCCCCUCUUCAUCGCCACACGUCACUUCCUCAAGUUGGUAUUUGACAUGCUGGUCCUGCAAAAACACAACACAGAGAUGACGGUGGCAGCAGGAGAGGCUCUCUACACACUCGUGUGCCUGCACCAGGCGGAGUACUCAGAGCUGGUCGAGACUCUGCUCUCCUCACAGAGAGAUGCCGUCAUCUACCAGCGGCUGGCCGACGCCUUCAACAAGCUAACGGCCAGCAGCACGCCGCCCACCAUGGACCGCAAGCAGAAGGUCGCUUUCCUCAAGAGCCUGGAGGAGUUUGUGGCCAACGUGGGCGGCCUGCUCUGCGUGAAAUAACCACUGGAAAGCGUUUUGAAAAGAAACCAGUCAAAGACCCCUGCUUCAUCCCUAAGAACUAUGGGUAGAAGAGCCAGCUCAAAGCUUCUGAGGAACUCUCGGUCUCUCUACCUGCUGGGGAAUACAUCUCAUGCCUGAAUGUUUGCCCUGUUUCAUUUCCUCAGAUUUCUUUUUGUUUCUUGUUACGUCCCUGGCCCCACCCCUCCAGCAUGAUUGACAGACUUGAUGAAUAACGAUGUAACCAUGGACACAGAACUGCAGAGCAGACAAACUCAGUUGGAGGAACCUGCCCUGUUGACUGACAUUACGGAACACUGACCAUCAUGACGACAAGAGGUGGCGCAGCGGCUGAUGUCGACGCCGCUGCCCUCCCCCCUGCACCACCUCACGUAUCUGGAGGCUGCAAGAGCGUGUACAAAUACACACACACUGAGGGUAAAAUAAGUUUUUUUCCCACUGAAGUUUUAUAGUUGAAGGUAUUAGAGGAGUCCCACACACACACACACUCACACACACACGCUGACACACACUUCAACAGUUCCCAUUCUUAUGCGCAUACACACAUGCACACGUCACCCCGAUCCUUCCCAGAGUGCCUUUGUUUUGUUGAUUGUUCUGUGUGUGAGUGUGUACGCAUGUGUGUGUCAUACAACAAGUGACAACAAAUAACGACUGUGCCUGUCAUUCGCCAUGAAUACAGCGGAUGUACACACACACACACACACAUUAUAUAAAUGCACACACAUGCAAAGUGUUGCCAUGACAACAAAGGUAUGGCUGGCCAGACAGCACAGGAGAGCGUUUGUUUGCUGGCGAUGACAGAAAACCAAAAUCAGAUUGUUUCCCUAAAGGAUGUAUAUAUAUGUAUAUGUAAUGCUGUCAAAUCAGAAACCAUGACAAAUGUGUGUUCAAAGACAAAAAAACAGAAACAUGACUGAAAUGUUUUUAUAUGCCAGUAGAUGGCAGGAAGAGUUGUAUGAGUUCAGCAUUGUAUGAAUUCAGCUAAAGAGGGAGCAACUAUCUCCGUGUUGACCUUUGCGGUUUGAUCGUUUCUGUCUGUUUGGAUUGUGGUAUUAUGUUGGGACCCCCCCCCCCCCCCCCCCUUCUUUCAGACAGAUGGAGCCCUAGAAGGAUGGGGCAGCGGGCUCUGAAGUUUAGCAGAUUAAUUUCAGUAGUAUUUUUCUACAGCAGCACAUCCAACCUGUCACUCUUCAAUACACACUGGAUUGAAGCAAAGACUGUUUGAGUGGAAGGACAGCAAUAAGAAACCAAAUACAAAGGAGCAGAGCCACUUAUUGAAGCAUUAUGUUGGAGACAGAAUCCUCCUGGUUCAGAGCACUAUCCUGGUUAUUGUAGAAUGGCUGUUUUGUUAAUGAAGUGUAAAAGUGUACAUAAACUUAUUGUAUAAAA